UGUACGGGCAUCUCUCGUGGGGGCCAGAUAACUAGGAGAGGAUCGAGGAACGAAAAGUAAAAGCUUGCCUCCCCCCCAGUGAUCCUCUCUUCCCCUUAUCGCUUCGCUCGUUUUACCUCCUUCCCCCUUCUCCCCCUCUCCCUCCCGCUAAACCUCGUCGGUUAAGGAUAACGCCUGGACAGCAACGCUUGAGCCCAGCUCGCGACAAUGUCCCACCCCAACUCUCCCGCUUCCGACAACUCGGACUCUUCCAACCCCCGCACACCCACCAGCCCCACCCUCCCACUCUCCCCCGACGCUGCCGCCCCGCCCAGCAUUGCCCCCAGCAAACGCAAACCCUCCCGCCGCGCCAACACCGCUGAACGCCGUGCCACCCAUAAUGCUGUCGAGCGCCAGCGCCGUGAGACCCUCAACGGCCGCUUCCUCGACCUCGCCGCGCUUCUUCCCAAUCUCUCCCAGAUCCGCCGCCCCUCCAAAUCCAGCAUCGUCAACUCCUCCAUCGCGCACGUGCACGCUUCCCGGCGUCAUCGCCUCCUCGCAGCCCGCGAGCUUCGCGCGAUGAAGAUGGAGGCCGACGCUCUCAGACGGGAGCUCAACGAAUGGAGGGACCGCGCUGCUGUGCCACGGGUCGAGGAGCCUGUGCGUGGCGAAGGCUUCGGGAUGAUCAUCUCGGGCGAGCUGGAGGUCCUCGGUGUCGCUGGUGAGGAGGAGGACUAUGCCGACGAGGAUGGGCCUAUGGGUAGUGGGUACGAUGACGCUCCUCCCCCGCCACCUCCGACCGCGACCACCAUGUACCACGGCCACCACCCUCACGCACAUGGACACGGACACGGGCGCUCUCCUGUCAUUGCGAGCCCGACUAACAUGCACUUUGAGAACCCGCAGAUGGGGUAUGAGAACUAUACGCCGAUCGUGGCUCCCGCUGCUGCUGCUGCUUACUAUGGAGGGUCCGCCCAACCCUUCUUUGAGGAGAAACGAUUCGCUGCGCCGCCUCCUGCGUUUGACGCGUAUCAGAGACCGAGGAGUGGAGGGUAUGAUGCCUAUGAGGGGAUGAUCGUCGGUGGUGGGGGGGCUCCUGGUGCUGCCGCCUUUUUGUAUAUCCUCUCGUAACCUUCUUUCGGACUCGAAGCCCACCUUACGCUCGUUUUCCCGCAUUGAGCAUUGUCUUUUUUUUUUUAAUUUGAUUGAAGUAGAUAAUCUGUAUGGAUGACGCAAAAUCCGUAUUUAUUCAAUGCAAGUGAGCUGGCAUUCGGGUUUUGAGUUAGCCGGUAGCCGGUUUCGGGUAAGUUUAUCAUGGGCUUACGCUGAAUUCUCGGUUGAGGCUCGGCUCUGGAACAUCUGCAUUCUCAAAAACCGCCGCCACCUGAAUCAAAUGGGGCCCCUUCUGUUCUAGGAGGGGGGGUCUUUCUUUAUUCUCGGGUACAUUUAUAUCUUGGAGUUUUUUUUUUUUUCCUUCCAGUACCUUACACGGGGAGCGGCGAGUUUCUUUCUAAUCAACCACGGAAAGCUUCUUCUCUUUUCUCUUGUACCGCCCCCUCCUUUGCAAAAUUCGUUCUAAUC